AUGAAGGCCGACCGCGACCGACUCAAUGAGAAUGUACGCUGGCACUAUUUCCGAUACUUCUCGUUAUGUGAAGACUGCGACAGGCCUAUCCGUGUUGUGUACCCCGAUAUCGAUGCAAAAUUGCAUGACUACAACAUUGUGUCGCAAGACAUUGGCGCAUGGACUCGCACAUGGAAGUCUCAGGCACUCCGACGGUUCAAAGCCGGGCACUAA